GCUAUCUUCAGAGUCGAUUACAAAUCGUUUCUUGCAUUUGCUGAGUGCACAUUAGUUCUUGUUAGAAAUAAACUGCCGAAGAUAUUUUUCAACCAUGAAGACAUUCGUUUUUGCUUUUGUUAUCGUCGCUUUGGCCUGUGUUGCCGUUGCUGAAGAGGAAAAAAAGACUGAGAAACGAGGACUUCUUGGCCUGGGCACCUAUGGUGGUUUGGGAUAUGGUGGCUAUGGAUUAGAUCAUGGAUUGGGCUACGGUCACGGUCUGGGAUAUGGUAGUGGUUUGGGCUAUGGUCACGGUGUGGGCUACGGUCACGGUUUGGGCUAUGGACAUGGACUCGGAUAUUCCGGUUUCGGAUAUGGGGGAUACAAUGGUUUCGCAGGAGAUUAUGGUUUCGGUCAUGGAUACGCUGCACCUGCUGUUCAUGCUCACGCUCUUCCAUUAGCUCAUGCUGCUCCCUUACCGAUUGCUCAUGGUUUUUACGGUGGACAUGGAUUACAUUACUAAAAAGCUGAUCGAUGUUAAGCUCAUGAGUGUAGUAUAGGUGAUUGCGAGAUGUUUACAGUGAUUGUGUUUCAGUUUUUUUUUAUUAUUUAAUUCCUUAAUCGUCUGAUACUGUGAUUGUGAAUUCAAUUUCUUGGAGUGAACUAAAAAUUGUGCCAAAAUUUUCAGUUACAAAUUGCAUUUAAUUCUUGUUUCCAACUUCGAGAAAUCAAUAAAAAUGUUUGUAAUAUUUCUA